UAUUUGGGGUCUUUCAUCAUUGAAAAAUGCAUUUCCAUACAAUCUCUCUCUCUCAACCUGGUUGAACCGUCAAACUUAACUCAAGGAAUAAAAAAGAUCUCCGAAAAAAGCUGGGUGGAGAGAAUGCUAGCUCCUAAGGGUGUCAAUUUAAAAUUGAAACAAAAACUGAAAUCAAAACCGGCCUUUUAACAUUGAAUUGAAUUGAAUUUAACCGAAAUAAAUCUGUUUGGUUGUGCAAUAAAAACCUAAGAAAUUGGAGGAAACCAAGAAACAAGUACAUUUAUUGAACACUAACUAUGAUUUAAUUUGUAAUAGAAAAAAAAAGUCUCUGAAGUAGUCCUUAUUUCUAGAUGUAUCUUUGAUUCUUGUGUAUAAUGGAACUGGACAACUCUAAUUUGAUUCAUCGUGGUGAAUAUAGUCAUUGAGUAUUAUUAUUCAGGAUAUGGAAUGUUUUUACAUCAUCAUGAUAAUUUAGAUUUCUUAGUACAUAGGAUAGUUCUUGUCUACAUAUAGCUUAGGAGAAUACAUGCACUAUUCUUGACCUGCUUCUUUUACCGUCCCAGCAAAUCGAUCUUCCAAGGGGAGGGAAAAGACGCCUCGAUUGUGCAUGAAUGCAACCUUCCACCUAGUUUAAUUGGUAUUUUAAGUUCUUUUAUUGUUUCUUUACUUUCUUGAUCUAUUAAUGCAAAAUCAAAAUGAAUAAUUAAUCUAGUAAUUAAAAUUACUAGUUGAAAGAAAUCAAUAUUAUUAUUACACUACGGCUCCAUUUGUUUCGAUGUAAAAUAGCCAUCUCCCUUCUCAUAAAAGAUAGAUAUUUCACCCAUGUUAAUGCUUCUAGAGUUUUAUUCCAUUGAUCAUAUACUGGUGUAGAGGCUAUGUUACCUUUUAAUGAACUCUCUAAUACUAAAUUUACCAUUAGACUGUGUCUGACAGCCAAGUGAAAAAAAAUACAAAAAUUGUAUAAAUUCCUUGAUUUAAGAAAUUCUCAUUGUAUUUGUUAUGUCUUGAAAUAAAAUUUUAAAAAAAAUUAAAAUUCACCUUAAGAAUGGUAAAAUUUUCUGAACCUAAAAAGAAAAAUACUAAAAAAUAUUUUUUUUCUAUAAACAGUUAAAUUAGACAUAAUUUUUUAUUUUUUAUCCUUUCAUUUUUUUUUCUAAUUUUUUUUCCUUUUCAUUUCAUUUCUUUUUUUUUUUUUUCUCUUCGCUACCAAACACAGCCUUGAUGUUUUCACUUUGAGCAAGGGCGAUCCCGAUUCAAACUCUCCAUCUGCUGUACCCUCCAAUCCCAUCUCACAUCAUCCAUGGGGUGUCACACAUGUAACUACUACAGCAGUAUGUCGUUCCAUGGCGUUAAGCAACUCGAAAUCUUUAGCUCCGUUCACUCUCUCUCUCUCUCUCUCUCACCCUCCGCCCCAAUUUUGCAAAAACCAAAAUUUGAGAGGGAAAAGUUUCUGUUUCACAUUCUUGCAGCAUCGGAAAAUAAGUAUUUUCAGAAUCAGUCUUUGUUCGGGCAGGGGUGGGGGCAGUAGCGCAUAAGGUUAGGGUUUUGGUUCCAAAUCUGGAGAGAGGGAAGAUGGCGAUUCAAUAGCAGCUGUUGUUGUGGAAGAAGUCAGUUUCUGGAAAUUUCAGAACUAACCUGCCAUGACGGACGAGCUACUGAACUGAUUCGCCGAUGAUGUGCAUUUCUCGUUGGCCACUGCCCAGGUGUCUUAGCGUUGGUGAUAAGGUCGGGACGGCUCUGUGUGUUGACCCUGUCCAGGCUAUAACUUGAUCACGAUCAUUUCACCCUUCUGCAAGGCCUUCUUAAGAUACCGAACGACCUAUUUAUGAUGAAGGGAUCCUGAUCUUUUCUUUAUUAGUUGUUGUUCCAACUUCUUGUCACACUUUCUACCAAAAAAAAAAAAAUUCUCGUCACACUUGUCAAAGGGCUCAUAUACCGAGCCGAUUGGUAGGUAUAGGUCGAUUUUGCCCUUAUUUAUUUAUUUACUAAUUUUUUACGGUAAAUUUUGAUUUUUUGGAUUUUACGACGUUUGUUUGUAUAUCGAAAAAUUGGCAUGGGGCCGGGAAAAUUUUACCCAGAUCCGUCGAUUUACCGGAAAAAACAUCGGCUCUCUGCCUCACUUGAUCUCCGAUCUCCGCUGUUCUCUCCUUCCCCCACUCUUGAUCUCCCUCUUUCAGGCACAGCUUUGUACUUUGCAGCGAAUGCCAUACCUGUAGGCGUUCAAAUAAGCCCUCGAUCGAUUGAGGCUGCUGGCAUGGAAGUCUCUGCAACUCCAUUCGGUCGAUGUAUGAAAGAAUUGGUACAUUUGGAAAAUGGGGAUUGUGAGGAUCAGUGGGCUGCUUUUCCUGGUGACUCUAUUGGGUCUUGCGAGCUGUGGAGUAGCAAAGCCAAGUGGAGACAGUCGGCCUUUCGCAAGAAUUGCUAUUCAUAGAGCAAGAAUUGCUCUUGAGAAAUCUUCUUAUGUGACAGCCACACCAACUCUCCUUGGAUUUGGGGGUAAAACUAGUCAAUGGGAGACUAUAUCAUUUAGCUCUCAAAAUGCAUCAAAUAAUGAUUGGAUCGCAGAUUUUUCUCCAGCAAGUGCUGUAAAUUGCUUUUGGCGAUUACUUUGUUGUGGCAGCUGUCUUCAAAGUUUGUGGAGCCUAUCACUCGCCAUUAAUGAUAUAUAUGCCCUUCUAGUAAAAAGAUGCUUGAGGAAUUCUCAAAUUGUCAGUUUGUUUGCCAUUGGAGAUGGGGGGGCUAGGAAGCUUGGCUACGCCAUUGGGAUUGGAUUGUGAACAUUGGUUCAACACAACAGAAGAUGUAAAGAUCCCUGGAGAUGAUUCAGCAGACACCUGAUUAGGGGUGUCAAAUGGUGCGGUUUUGGUUAUUCGGUUCGGUUCCGGUUCGGUUUACAUUUUGAUAAGGUGAAACCAAAACUGCACCGGAUAGGAAUAAGGUGAAAUCAGAAUCGUUUUCAUUUGGUUUCGGUUUUAGUGGUUUACAUUAGGUUAAUAGUAUCGUUUUAGAAAAUGGUUUGCAUCCUAACUAGUGUGAAUCCUACAUAUAUUAAAUUUCCUAAAGAGUUACUACAAUAUACAUUUAUUUUGCCAAGGACAAUAUACUUUCUAUAUAAAAGACUACAUAUAUUAUAACUAAUUAACUAUGAUCCUAGAAAUUAGAAAAUCAAGAAGUGUGAUUAUGUGAAAAUGAAGCUCGCUUCUCAGUUAGUACUUUGCCUUUUAUUUUUUUCUUCCAUUUUUUCAUAGAGACCCAUUGAAAUUCAAAACACUUUAAGUCUUUAAUACUAGGUGCUGGUUAACGAUCGAUUUUUUGGUUCGGUUCGAUUUCGAACCGGAAUUAUGGCCUAUAAAACUAAAACCGGAUCAAUUUACUACGAUGCAGUUUGGUUCGAUUAUAACCGGUCGGUUUCGGUUCCAGUAAACGGUUUCGGUUAUAUAUUGACGCCCUUACACCUGAUCAUUUUUUUUUUUCAAAAUGUAAAUUUAUAUUCUAUUUAUUAGCUUAUUUUGAUUUGAAAUAGAAACUCUUGAGUAUAUGCAUCUUUGUCUUGUAUAAAAAAUAAAUAAAUAAACCUCGCUUUACCCUUGA